GCUGUCCUUGCCGAUCGGACAGGCACCUCGUUUUGCGCGCGCAAGGAACCACGGGAUAGCCCCCCUGACAUGACGAGGCGGUGAUACGGCAGCCCCACUGGAAGCACCUCGGUAACCGCCCCCAAACGCCGCCGGAUAGCAGAGCACACCAUCUGAAUCUACAACCGGGGGUCGGUUUGACAGUCACCCGGUGGACACUGAGUAACCCACACCAUGGCCGAAACAAACGACACCGGCCCGGUGGGCAUUUACACCAUCAAUGAGUCCGGACUCUGCGACACCUAUCUCCCACAGUCCCUCAACGGCGUGUUCCAACUCGCCCACGUGUUCUUCGGCCUCGCCUACUUCGGCGGCAGCACCCUACACGGCCUGCUCUACACCUACAUCUGCAUGUUCCUGGGCUACCUGGUCUUUACCGUCUACGGCUUCCAGAACGCAUGCGCGGCCGACAUCGGCGGUUGGUGCUUCGUCUUCAUGAUCCUCUGUCUGGUCCAGGCCAUCCACAGCAUCUGGCGCAUGCGCGAGGUGUCGUUCAGCGAGGAGCUGACGAAGGUGUACGAGGCGCUGUUCCAUCCUCUGCAGGUCCCCCUGCUGGUGUACAAGGCCCUGGUGGAGUGCCCGAACUGCCAGAUCGUGUCGCUGGAACAGGGAAACAACUAUGCCACCGAGGGGAAGACACCAGUGGACAGGCUAUCUCUCAUGAUUUCUGGAAAGGCUGUUGUGAUCCAUGACGGUAAGAAGCUGCACAUGAUCGGAAGGAACCAGUUCCUGGACUCCCCGGAGUGGGAGGCCGCCAAGGACCAGGAGGACCCCGGCAAGUUCCAGGUGACCAUUCGCGCUGAGACGGACUGUGUGUACCUGACCUGGCCGCGCCGUGACCUGCUGAAUCUGCUGUCCAGGCGCCGUUACCUCGCCCGUGUGCUGUCCGCUGUCCUCGGACGUGACCUGACCAACAAGCUGUACAUCCUGAACGAGAAAGUGAUGACCCCACGUGGAGCUAAGUACGACAUUCGUCUCCCCGGAUUCUCCCGUCUGCUGGGACAGUUUGACCUGGACGCCAAGGGCCUGGCCAGCUUCGUCCCCCACCGCUUCGGCGCCGGUCCGGAAGGUACCUAAAAUAGGUGACAGAGGAACUACCGGCAGUCCCUACGCCCCCGUCAGACCGAAGUAAAUGCCAAAAGACUUCACGGGAGGCGGAAUCGGAAAAGAUGGAACUUCAAGGACGGCAGAUAUACUUAUAAGAUGAUAAACAACGUAAAUACAGAACAAUUCCCCCAGAAUUCAAAGCGCCUAAUAGCCCGGAUGUAUUCGCCAUUUUGUCAUUUCCGGUCGCCAUCUUUAUCAUGACCGUAGUCCUCUUUGCACAUGAACAGGGACCAUGUUUACAUUGACCUUUUAAUUCCUGGGUUAGUUUUGUCGGAAAAGUCUGUCUUUCCCGGUCGUGCCUCGGGAUUAUUAUCGCGUAUAAAGCGUAUCAACCGGUGAAGCGUUUUGAUCCUGGGGGAUGGGCUCUAUCUGUAAUGAAGUUUGGGGUGCAUUACCCUCGAUAUUAACUGUACGUGUACCAAAACAACUAUGGACGUACGUGGAGAUAACAUCCAAGAUUGACCAGUGUGCAUAUCCAACAUGGAAUUCUACUAUUUUCUUUACGAAGAUACAAAUAUAACAUUACACAGUUAUAGCAUAAUUGUAGUGCCGUACUGAAACAAUAUUCAAUGCACAUUUUUCCCAUACACUAGUAGAUUUAAUAGUAACAUGAUAUAUAUUUUGGGAUAAAAAUUGUCGACGGUUGGUUUAGAUUUACAUUGACAGAUUGACAUGUGUGUUCCAUGUACUUGUUUUCAUCAGGUAGCAAUUCUGACCAUUGCGACUUUUAUUUAUUGAACUUGUAACAAUUGUGUUUCAAACCUUAACAAUAUAGUUUAAUUUAUUAAGUGUAGAGAUACAAGUGCUUUCUUCAAAGUGUAAAUUACGUUAUUGUCUGUUUUGUGACCAUCAAGAAAAAUGAUUGUACAAACUCAUGGCAAUGACUGAGAGGAAAAUCGUUUGACGGAAUUGUAACUUUAAAAUGUUCUGACAAAACACAGUGAUGCAAAUUAGUCAAAAUAUAUCGCCAUCGUUGUAUGACGAUAUUAUUAGAUUCUGUUGUUUUUCAGUCAAGCUGAGAUAUUGACAUGCAUGUAUUUUCUGUAGGCAUGACUGUAGUCGACUUGUUGUAGAGUUAAACGUGUGCCGAUGAACAAAUUUGAUCAAAGUUGUACAGCGGAGAGAAAACAUCAAAUAAAGCUUUUUGUAUGUAAACGCAA